AUGACUGUGCCGGUCGAACAGCUCACGAAUAUGCAGAUUAAGGAGGAACUGCGCACCUUGUACACCAUAACCGACUUUGCCGACUGCAUCGAGAAUGGCGAUCUCCAGAGGAAGCUGCAGGCGACUCGGGAUUCGGCCCCCAUCACCCACGGCCUCCGCUACGGCACGCUACUGGAAAUCGGCAACAAGAAUCCAACCGGCAUCGUCACCCUCAUCCACGGCCUCGGCGACUCCGCGUACGGCUGGGAGGACGUCGGCCACGAGCUGUUGCGCCGCCUGCCGCAUCUCCUCUUUUUGCUGCCCACCGCCCCAUCACGGAGCGUCACUAUCAAUGGCGGCAUGCUGAUGCCCGCUUGGUACGACAUCAUGGACAUGAGCAACAGUGGCCUGCUUAGCAGCCGGCAGGACGCCACCUCCGUCCGACAGUCCUGCGAUUACGUGCGUAGCAUCGCCCAUGUGGCGGCCAAGAAGUACGGCAUCGCACCCCACCGUGUCGUCUACGGCGGCUUCUCCCAGGGCGCGGCUGUCUCACUCUGCACUGGGCUGACGACUCCCAUCACCCCGGCCGGCAUUGCGUGUAUGUCGGGCUACUUGGCGGCGUGCACAGAUGUGCUGCCGCGCAUCGUGCAGAAAUAUGUCCCCAUCACCAUGUUUCACGGUCGUCAAGACCCCGUUGUACCAAUUUCGGCUGCGAAAGAGACGAAGGAGAUCUUGGAGAAGGACGGUGGUGUCGCCCCGAUCAACUUCCUGGAGUACAACAUGCCGCACUCCACCCUGCCACAGGAGAUCAACGACCUUGUCUCGUUCAUAUCCCGUGUGCUGCCGGUGAAGUUCUAA